AUGGACGACAGGAUGGAUAUCGACGACCAUUCGCCAGCUCACGAUGCUGGCGAAGGACGAACCGGUGUUUAUAGUGCCGCAUAUUUCUACAACCAGUACGACGACGACAUACCACUGGACCCUGAGCUGAUGGCCGGAGGUGAUGAUCAAAUGCUCGGCCUCGACGACUACGAUCUCGACGACGAACAGAUGCAGGACGGCUAUGUCGACCUCGAGGAGGAAUUCCUAGACUCUGAUACCGAAGAGAUCCGCGCCGAAAUCCAUAAAUUCGAAACCGUCCGCGAUGCAUGGUUAGCUGAACACCGUGCCGACCUCCCCUCAGCCGCUUACCCAACCCUCCCUGGCGUCUCGAAGUCGAUGUCAAAACCGAUCAACAACAGCCUCAACGAUGGCACCACCCCCGGCAUCGCUCCCUCAGCACCAGCACCCAAGCCCUCCAGGCCCCGCCGGAAACUCGGCCCCCGCAAGCCUCCGCGUCCUCCUCCGGAAAUCCAAAUCCGCAUCGCCGCGGCCCGCAAAGCCUUCGACCGCCGCGAGUACCAAGAAGCGAUCAACAUGGUCAAGGAGAUCAUCCGGCAGCGUCCCGCCACGCCCCAAGCCUGGAACCUCCUGUCGUUGAUCCACGAGGAGCUCGACAACCGCGAAGCGGCAACCAUGUGCUUGAUCUCAGGCGCCUGGUUGAUCCCCAAGGACGCGCGCCACUGGAUGAACGUGGCGCUCUACUGUCUGUACGGGGUCGACAUGAUGGACGAGGCCGAUCCGCGCCGGAAGCUGGCGCUGGAACGGGCGGUCAUGUGCUACUCGCAGGCGUUGCAGGCGGAUAAGCAGAACGUGGAGGCGCGCACGGGCAAAGCUGAUGCGCUGAUGCAGCUGGGCCAGAGCCAUCUGGCGCUGGCGCAGUAUUUGAGAGCGCUGAAGGUGCAGCCGUUGAAUAUUCGAACCGUAAGAAACCUCGCGGAGGCGGCGCUGGAUGGGAGGGAUCCGAGGAAGAAUGCGGAGGCGGCCAAGGCGGCGUAUAGGCAUAUUAUUGAGUAUCUGUGGAGCCAGGGUGAUGAGGUGUAUGAGGCCAUGGAGGGCGGGUUUGAGUGGAGUGAUUUGAGAAUUUACCUCGAGUUCUUUACCAUUUUGGAGCAGUGGGAGCAAGGCGCGGCGGAGCUGAGGAGGGUUGCGAGGUGGAAGUUGGGCCGCAGGGCCGAGGAGUUUUGGGAUCGCUGGCCGGGCGAGGAUAGGGAGUGGGAUGAAGAUGAGGAGAGGAGGGAGUUGUGUGAGGAUUAUGAGCCGGGACGGUUCUCGCCGAUGCAGUACGGACGGGCGCUGCCGGUGGAUCUGAGGGCUAGGUUGCAUGUGUUUAGGAUGAAGAUGGGCGAUAUGUACGAGGCGGAGAGGCACCUGACAUCGUUGGAUCCGACGGCGGAAACGGCGGUUGAAGACUUUUACGACUUCCCCGAUUGUUUGAAGGAUAUUGGUAAUGCCCUGCUGGACAACGAAUCCCCGGCCAAGGCGUUGCAGUACUUCGAGUUGUACGAAAAGAUUGCCGAUCAGGCCGGCGAUAUCUCGAUGGAUGCCGACAUCCUCGUUAGUCUCGGUCGGUGUCACAUGGCUUUGGGCAAUAAGUCGGCCGCCGAAGAGCGCUUCAUCGCCGCCAUCGAAGAUGAUGAUGAUAACAUUGAGGCUCGCGUGUGCCUCGCCAACAUGUACGAGCACGUGGCGGACCCGGAAGGUCGCGAAGAAGCUUUCCUUUUGGUCAGAGAUGCUAUGAACCUCGAGGCCAACCAGUACACCCUUGACCAGGAAGGGAAUCUGGUCCCCAAGAGAAAGCGUCGCAGAGCUACCGGUCCCAGAAAGCCGCGCAAGCCGAGAGACCCCAACAAGCCGAGAGACCCUAACAACCCGAAGAAGUAUGUCCCGCGCCGUCUCAUCAACGCGGAGAAGCGCAAACAGUUGGAUCUUGAACGCACUAGGGAGGCGACCAAGAACUACGAAAUUGUGCAGGAGCUGCAAGAGCGGGCUUUCCACAGCGACGACCCUGAAGCCAUUCAGAACUGGACACGUGCCGCCAGGGACCUCGUCGAAGACUUCCGCUCCUACAAGGAAUUCUACCCCUGGGACAAGUACGUCAAGUAUCUGGGCCUUGGUGGUACCGGUGGCGGUGGUGCUGCCAUUCCGUCUAGGAACUUGAAGCUGGCAGCCAUGGCCGAGCGUCUCCGGCAAGGCCUCAACCCCGAGAACGGCGAUGGCGCUGACAACAUCCCCGCUACCUCGAAGGUCCGCGUCCUCAACUUCCCUUCUUCUCAUCGCGGCAUCCUCUUCUCCGCCUGGCUCGACAUCUUCCUUUCUCUCGCCUUCGCCCUGGUCAGACAAAACCAACACCGCGAGGCCUACGUCGUCUGCCACGCCGCCCGCGACUCCAUAGUCUGGACUGCCACGGAUUCGACAUACCUCAUCCACGUCGCCUGGGCAUCCUGCGCCGUGUACGCCGGCGACGAAGAAACCUGCGUGGCCAUCGCCCGCUACUUCAUGCGCGACUACCUCCCCGGUACCGACUCGUACCGGAUGUUCGCCGCCAUGUGUCGCACCUGCCAAACACCCGUGAGCUGGUACACCUCGGGCCCAGCGCAAAAGUUCAUUCUCCGGCAGAUCAAGACGAUGGAUGCCCUUGUUAUGCGCCAGAACGGCCAGGACGAGUUUCCCCCGCCGGCAUCACAAAGAUCACCUUCCAAGUCGCAGCAACAGCAGCAGUCACCCAUCAAAUCCCAAUCCCGCGGGAGUGACCUCGUCGCACCACCACCCACUGAUUCCGAGCAAUCAACCAACGACACCACCACCACCAACCCCCAAUACCCACCCCCAGGCGACAUAACCCUCGACGUAGCCCUCCUAACAAUCUACGGCCACAUCCUCUUCACCACAACCUCCUACUCGUACGCGCUCUCCUACUUUGCGCGCGCCGCCUCAUUGGACCCGGACAAUCCCCUAAUCAACCUCUCCAUCGGCCUCGCCUACGUGCACUACGCCCUGAAAAGACAAGCCACCAACCGCCAGUACCUGCUUACGCAAGGGUUCGCUUUCCUGUUCAGGUACUACCACAAUCGUACCGAGGAAGAUCCGACGGUUACGGUGGGACAGAAGAUGGAGGCCCAUUUUAAUAUGGGGAGGGCGUAUAGUUUGAUUGGACUUGGGAAUCUUGCGGGAGGGUUUUAUGGACGGGUGUUGGAGGAGGCGGAGAGGGUUAGAGAUAAGAAAGGGGAGGGGAUGAUGGAUGGGGAGGGGGAUGAAGGGAAGAAGAGGAGUAAAUGGGAGGAGACACUGGUGGUGGAGGCGGCGUAUAAUGUGAGGUGUAUGUGUUUUUUGUUGGGAGAUGUGAAGGGGGCGAAGGCGGUGGCGGAGAGGUGGUUGGUUUUGGAGUGA